GCCAGCCCCGCCUUCUCUCCCAGAGUCUGUUCCGCUGUAGAGGUGACCUGACUGCUGGAGACUGCCUUUGCUGGUGCAGAGAUCGGCCUUGCAGUUUGCAACAAUGUCUGAACCAAUCAGAGUCCUUGUGACUGGAGCAGCUGGUCAAAUUGCAUAUUCACUGUUGUACAGUAUUGGAAAUGGAUCUGUCUUUGGAAAAGACCAGCCCAUCAUUCUUGUACUGUUGGACAUCACCCCCAUGAUGGGUGUCCUGGACGGUGUCCUGAUGGAACUGCAAGACUGUGCCCUUCCCCUUCUGCACGAUGUCAUUGCAACAGACAAAGAAGAGAUUGCCUUCAAAGACCUGGAUGUGGCUGUCCUAGUGGGCUCCAUGCCACGAAGGGAAGGCAUGGAGAGGAAGGACCUACUGAAAGCCAAUGUGAAAAUCUUCAAGUCCCAGGGCACAGCCUUGGAGAAAUACGCCAAGAAAUCAGUUAAGGUCAUUGUUGUGGGAAACCCAGCCAAUACGAACUGCCUGACAGCCUCCAAGUCAGCGCCAUCGAUCCCCAAGGAGAACUUCAGUUGCCUGACUCGCUUGGACCACAACCGAGCGAAAUCUCAAAUUGCUCUUAAACUCGGUGUAACUGCUGAUGAUGUAAAGAAUGUCAUUAUCUGGGGAAAUCAUUCAUCAACCCAGUAUCCAGAUGUCAAUCAUGCCAAGGUGAAAUUGCAAGGAAAGGAAGUUGGUGUGUAUGAAGCCCUGAAAGACGACAGCUGGCUGAAGGGAGAGUUCAUCAUGACUGUGCAACAGCGUGGUGCUGCUGUCAUCAAGGCUCGGAAGCUGUCCAGUGCAAUGUCUGCUGCGAAAGCCAUCGCAGACCACAUCAGAGACAUCUGGUUUGGAACCCCAGAGGGAGAGUUCGUGUCGAUGGGUGUUAUCUCUGAUGGCAACUCCUAUGGUGUCCCUGAUGACCUGCUCUACUCAUUCCCUGUCGUGAUCAAGAAUAAGACCUGGAAGUUUGUUGAAGGCCUCCCCAUUAAUGACUUCUCCCGUGAAAAGAUGGACCUGACGGCAAAGGAGCUGACCGAGGAAAAGGAGACGGCUUUUGAGUUUCUCUCCUCUGCGUGACUAGAUAGUCAUGUUGACAUCAGCAGACAGCCAAAGGCUGAGGAAUCAAAAUGUCGUCUUUGAGCCUAGUACCAAACAGUAAUAAUGCUACAUUGAAAUUGUGAACAGCAAAAUAUUUUAAAUAGUGUGUGCUUUAUGAUUUGUGAAAGUCUAUCAUGUUGUUAGUACUGCGAUCUAAAUAAAAGUAUAUUCAAGUGAAAA